GCCAUAGUAACUAAAUAACCUCAAAUUUCCACACAAAAUCGAGUCAAUUCUUGUUGUUUUUAAUCGAUUAAAACUGAAAUAAAUUGAUUAUAUUAAGUUUAGAAUGAAAAAUCAAUCGUAUAAAGCAAAAAUUUUAUUUAUAGGACCCCCGAAGUCUGGUAAAACAAAGCUUACAAAUUUCCUUGCGGAUCAAAUUCUCCAAAUCCCAGAUGAUUUCGAUAUAAUCGAACCAUUAAGGAUCGUUGAGUACGACUUAUAUGACAUUCAAAUCGACGGGAACCUUUCGAAUGUUGAUGUACAAAUUUGGGAUGCUAGCGGAGAUGAUAAAUUUGUACCUUAUUGGGCUGUGUUUCGUAAAAACAUUGAUGGAAUUGUUUUUGUUUAUAAUGAGGAAGACGAUAUUGGAGCUAAGAAAUUGGAUUAUAUGUACAAUUACUUUGUUUCACAACCUAAUAGGAGUUUAAGAACUUGUUUGGUUUGUUGCGUUGAGAAUGAGGAGAAAAACGUUAAAUUACCUCAAAUUUUUUCGAAAAUAUCUCAAAUCACCAUUAAUUUGGAGGCACCCACUGAUAAAAUCAAACAAGAUUUUACCAAAUUUAUUAUUACUGUUGUUAAUACUGUUAUAAACAAAUAAAUUUAUUUUGACAACUU